AACAGAACCAAUACACUUCCAAGAAAAAGCUUUCUCUUUUCUUUCUCACUCUCCCAUUUCCUUGGACCUUAAAGAAACCCAUCAUUUUCUCGAGAAAACUUUGACUACCUGCGUUCGAAUGAUGAAGAAUCCAGAGAAAAAAUAUGACAAAGAAACAAAAAAGGAGAUUGACGAUGAAUACAAUCUCGCCAAAGGCUACUGGAAAAAAGGUAACCGUAUUGAAGCCUUGAUGUUAACCGAGAAAACGAUUUCAGAUCAGGGGAAGAACGAAUCUUCCUGCUAUGUUCACCACGAACUGCAAGGUGAUAUCUUUUAUCAACUAGCAGAAGAAACAGAGAUCACCAACGACAUCAAACGUGUAUACUUGUUUGCUUCUCUCGAUGCGUUUUCAAUGUUUACUCUUCCGUGUCAUGACGCUUUGAAGUCCUUUCGUGGUUGUGUUCUUUCGCUAAUCCAGUUGGGUGAUCAGCUUGGGAUAAAGAAGUUUUAUAGGAAAGCUGCGUCGAAAGCAUAUCAGGCAUUGUCCGUAACGAAUUCCUCAGAGAAAUAUACCGCUUUGAACAAAGAAUUUGAUGGGUGGUAUGGAUACGCAGAAGAGAAGAAGAAGGAGAAGAAUAGCAAUGCGGUUGUGACUGUUUCUGAGACAAGUACUAUGGCUAAUCAGAUGGUAUUGAAAAAGAAAAAUCCUUUUCAACAAUUGAAAUUCUUUUGGGUUAAUUUGGAUGACAAGACUAAAAGGGAUUUUUUGGUAGUAGACUUUCGAAAGCUUAUUGAAUAUAUUCAGAAUGAGUAUGGCAAGGAAGUAAAACGAUAUUUUCGGAAAUGUGUAAUCAGCCUCAUAUCACUUCAUUGGAGAUACUGGAAGUGCCACAUUUGUUCUCAGGUUAACUACUGUUUUACAGAUUGCAAGAUGCACAUCUUAGAUAAGCAUGUGCACAAAUAUGAACCCGAGUUCAGUGAUCGUCCUAAGUAUGUGGAUGAGAUUUUGGCUGACAUGAUAUGCUGUGGGGAUUGGAAGCCAGUGGAUAUAGCGCAGGCAGCAAAUCUGAUUAAUGAUAGAAUUAAGAGCCAGAAAGAGUUUGUUUAUGUUAAUGGAUGGUGUAGUGAUUGGCCUGUAGCGGGUGAUGAAAAGCGGGAAACCAUUCUCAAACAGUUUUCUGAGGUUCUUAAAGCUUCUUGCCCUAGGGAGAAUUGUACUCUUUCAUGUACCCUUUGGGACUGGUUGAUCGAUUACACAGAAGAGCAUCUGGAUCUACCUGGAGUUUCCGGGAGCUAUCUUGAUAAAUGUAGCUUCUUUAAGAACCCUCAGUGCAUCUGCUUCUUAGAUCUUAAGCACCUUAAACACAUCCUCAAAAAAUUUAGCCAGCUCACCACUGAUGUCCGCGAAAGUUUGGUUUCAAAAGUAGUGAAUCAGCUCUGGGAAAAUUCCCUGGUCAAGGAAAGACUCGAUCUUGAGGGACACACUAAUUCUAAUCUGCUUCUGGAUAAGAGACUGCUGUGUGAAGAAGAGCUUGAAUUGGAUCAGAAUGAGACAGUAGAGCAUUAUGAAUCCACUGGCAUUUAUGAGGAUGUGAUGCCUAAGGGUGAUAAGAUAGUCUCUUGGAUUCUUGACUGCCCAAAAAUCGAUAAGGAAUUUAUGUCUCAAAUGGCAAAGGUGGCAAAGGGCUUACACAAUCGUGAGAUAUGGUUAGCAGUUUUGAGAAUCGUACAGGGCCUGGUUAGGAAAAAGGAAAGCUACUAUGAUAAGCGACGGAAGAUGCUAAGCUAUGAGAAGAUGUUGUGUGAGGUUGAGACCAUUUGUGACAGAGAAGACACUAGGAAGAAUGUUAAUCAGCGGAGCACAUAUGAGUUUGCGCUUCGAACGGAAUGUGAGAAGCUUGUAGGUAAGCAAGAUGAUAAUAGAAAAUAUUUCUGGACUGUUGUAAAAGAUGUUUUUGUAAAACUAUGCCCUCCAGUAUUUGGCGUAUUAGAAGAUAUGGAGUGUAUAUCCAAACUCUCUGCUACUGUCUCAAAUGAUGAAGUUAAGAAAAGUAUGUUGAGGUUAAGGAAAUCGUUGAAAGAGAUGGUAUUCUUCUUCCUCUUCUUUCUUUUUAUAUAUUCAUUUCAACAGGAUUUGAUCUGUGACGGCUGAUAUGAGGUGUUUUUUUUUUGUUUUGGAGUUCCUUUUGAUUGAUUCAAAGAUUUUGCGGAACGAAUGCACAUACAAAAAGCUAAUAGAUGUAUUCCCAAAGCUAUCAGUUGUUGAGUAUCGCUUGGUGGUCCUUCCGCUUGUGAAGAAGUUCUUACAGGAUAAACUGAAAAAGAUGAUGGAAACAAAUAGCAAUUCAGUUGCUGCAGGAGAUUCUGUCAACAUGCAGGGCUAAGAUUUUUGGAGGAUCAUUCUUCCAGAUGGAGAAAAACUUUAGAGUACUACUUGUUUAGAAAACAGUCUUUUAAUGUUCUCGGAAAAACUUUUGGAUUGGAGAGAAAAACUGUAUAUGAAAAUUUGUAGUUUGUUUUAGGAUCAGAUGCAUAUAUGUUUGUAUUGUAUGUGACAAUAGACACAAUACAAUGCAUUGUUGAUCUUCAUAAACUUUGGUCUAUAACUUCUUGAGACAUGGUCAUAGC